AUGCAGCAAAAAUUUAUUAAUCAUUUUCAUUUAGCAAUUCAACCGAAAAGUUCAAAAGACAAACAAUCAUGCCAAAUAGAAGUAGAAACAGCGAGUAAAUGUGCAGACAAUGAAAACUUGAAAUUUUUAAAAAAUGAUUUUGAUAAGGGAUAUAAAUGGGAUAAAAAUACAAUAGCUACUGCUGCUGCUAAUGGAUAUUUAGAAAGCCUAAAAUAUUUACGUGAAAAUGAUUGUCCAUGGGAUAACAUCACAACAUUAUCAGCUGCAGAUAAUGGUCAUUUAGAAUGUUUAAUAUAUGCUUAUGAAAAUGGCUGUACAUGGAAUGAAUUAGAUAUUGCGAAAAGUGCCAUUAAAAAUGGUAAUCUAGAAAUAUUAAAAUAUGUUCAUAAAAAAGGAUAUGAAUUCAAUGAACUCACAACUAAUAUGGCUGCGAUAAGUAAUCUAGAAAUUUUAAAAUAUGUCCUUGAAAAUGGAUACCCCUGCAAUAGGAGCACAACUUAUAAUGCUGCCUUAAUUGGUAAUCUAGAAAAUUUAACAUAUUUAUAUGAAAAAAAUGUCCGUGGGAUGAACGUACAACAAAAGCAGCUGCAUCUAGUGGUAAUUUAG